UAUUUAUCAGCCGCGAAGAAGGAUCCUACCUCGCACCCGUGUGGCGCGUUCUCACCUUUGUGCACGAAUCGCCCUAGCAGUUCCAAUUUGAGAAAUUGAGGAAGAGAGGGUGGGGCUUAGGGAAGGAGAAUGGGCGAAACGGAAGACGAUCUCCUUCUCAAGAGCUUCUUCGCGGAAGUCAGCGAAGUCGAGAGGGAUAACGAGGUCGUAAGGAUACUUUCAUGCUUCAAAUUAAAUCCUUUCGAGCAUCUAAAACUGUCAUUUGAUUCGUCACCAGAUGAUGUGAAGAGGCAAUAUCGAAAGUUAUCAUUGCUGGUUCACCCAGACAAAUGCAAGCAUCCACAAGCGAAGGAGGCCUUUGGAGCAUUGGCAAAGGCCCAACAACUAUUGCUUGAUCCACAAGAAAGAGAAUAUGUUCUCAGUCAAGUUAACUCAGCGAAAGAGGAACUCAGAGCAAAGAGGAAGAAACAGUUGAAGAAAGACAAUGCCUCCAAGAUAAAAUCAUUGGUUGACGAGGGAAAAUAUGAGCAGCAGUAUGAGCAAACAGAAGAGUACCAACAGCAAUUAAAGCUGAAAGUGCGAGAGAUUUUAACAGAACAAGAAUGGCGUCGGAGGAAAAUGCAAAUGAGGAUUUCAGAAGAGGAAGGACGGUUGAAGAAGGAUGAAGAAGAAACGAAGGAGAUGUGGAAAAGGAAGCGUGAACAUGAGGAGCAGUGGGAAGGAACGAGAGAGGAGAGGGUUUCUAGCUGGAGAGAUUUCAUGAAGACAGGAAAGAAGGGUAAGAAAGGGGAGAUUCGACCACCGAAGCUGAAAACAGAAGAUCCCAACAAGUCCUAUGUUCAGAGGCCGGUGAAGCGAGGGUGAAAGACAUUGGCAGUUGGGUAUCUGCAUCCCAUUGCAAUUGAAUCGAGAACCUAACCGAUCGAGUAAAUGGGGGGUGUCAGGGUUUGUUAUGGUCAAAAUAUCCGUUGUAUCCAUUUCCGAAAAAAAAAAAAAAAAGAAGAUAAAAAAAGGAUGACAUGCUGAGUCUUGAAUUCUUUCUGCAGUGUUAAAUGUGGCGCUGUUGGCCACCCUCAACCUCAAAAUGGAAUUGAAACCCCCGGCUGGGGAUUUGUAAUCUUA